AUUCUGAGGAUAUAUGGCUAGUUUAUCGGUAUAAAACUUCAUAUGAAGUCACUAUGUAGUCUAUUGGUAAAAUAGACGCCCAUUCUGGGGAUAUAUGACUAGUCUAUCUGUAUAAAACUUGAUAAGAAGUUACCAAAUAGACUAUGGGUAACAUAGACACGCAUUCUGAGGAUAUAUGACUAGUCCAUUUGUGUAAAACUUUAUAUGAACUGGCACCCAUUCCGAGGAUAUAUGACUAUUCCAUUUGUGUACAACUUUAUAUGAAGUCACCACAUAGUUUGUUUGGUAAAAUAGACAUUCAUUCCAAGGAUAUAUGGCUAGUCUAUCUGUGUACAACUUAACAAGAAGUCACCACGUAGACUACAGGUAAAAAUACACUCAUCCUGUGGAAGUAUGGCUAGUCCAUCAUUGUAAAACUAACAAGAAGUCAUCACGUAGUCUAUAGGUUAAUGAAGAAACGCACACGUUUUAUGGUCUCCAAGAUGCUGCUGCAUGGAAAUAUUCUAUUUCUUUCUGCGAUAUGAAGAAACGCUCAUGAUGUGUCCUGUCAGUUAAGUCGGAACUUUAAAUCGUGUCAUAUUUUGGUGAAAUAGCUUUGCAAAUGUUUCUUGAAUAUGGUGCUAAUACGUUUGAAGUCGGAUGAUUUGAAUUCGGUUUACGGAAGCCGAGUAGAGACUACUCAAUGAAAAAACGAAUUGUGAUACUUGUUUGCAAUUAAAUCGUCCAAUGAUGUAGUCUCAAAAAUUAGCGUUUUCUUUAUGGAUUUACCUUAUGGAUUUACCUUCUGGAUUAUGGAUUCCUAUUACUUUAAUUUCAUGUCAGCGUCCAGCCAAACGUAAGGAGUCAUAAUGACAACUUUCCUGGUUCUAGCCUUGCUGUUGGUAUAUGAAGUACAAGUGGUGUUGCCAGUCGACAGGAAUGGAUCUUCAGAACAAACCACCAGCAGUUGGCUUUAUCAGUGGAGUACAGUUAUAUCAGCAGUGGCAUUUGUCAUAAUGGGAUGCUUCCUUAAACGUUUAACAGAUGUUCCUACAGUCGAAAUAAAGAAAAACUAUACUGUUGUAGCGGGAGAAAAAGUGAAAUUGAAGUGUUGUGCAUCUGCAUUUCCAUGCAUUAAGUCAGUUUCCUGGAAACACAUUUUGCCGGAAGGGGAAACCAAACAACUUGAUAUAGACCAGCAAAAGUAUACCAGUACAAAACCAAACCACAUAGUAAUCAACCAAACUCUGAAAAGUGACGAAGGCGAAUAUGUGUGUAUUGUCUCCAAUUGGUUUGGGAAAACACAGAGUAAACACACUAAGCUGACAGUGGAAGGAGAUUUGCCUACUGUCAAAAUAUCUGAACGAAACUAUACUGCCGUAUUAGGAGAACAAGUGAAGCUGGAGUGUACUAUAUCUGCAACUCCGUGGAUUACAACAGUUUCCUGGCAACGUAUUUCACCUGAGGAACAACCCGUAGCACUGGAUAUUGACGAGAUAAAAUAUACAGGAUCAAAACCGAAUGACCCACACUUAUCAAUCAACGACAUCAAGAAAAAUGACGAAGGCAACUAUGUAUGUACCGUCUCAAACUUGUGUGGGAAACGGCAGAGUGCACCUACUAAGCUGAAAGUAAAAGGAGGUCCUCCAAUGCUGAACAUGAAGGCAAAAUUACUCUAUAAAACUGAAGGAGAACUUGUUUUGUUGAAAUGCACUGUCAAUGCGGAACCACCAGCAUCCGAUAUCACUUGGACAAAAGAAGGAUGUGAACGUAAAAUUGCAAUUGACAAUAGCAAAUACUUCGGCGGUUCACUUAAAACUCCCUCGCUGUUUAUAGAUGAAACGGAAAGUCAUGACGAAGGCAUAUAUAUAUGUGAAGCAGAAAACAUUGCAGGACCAGGAAGUAAUUUCGUGCAUUUAACAAUCAAUAGUAAAACUGCAAAAAUUACUGGCAUAGAAACUGUAAACCAAGACACUCCUGAAGCACUACAGGAAAAAAUUGUAACCCGUCAUGCAGAGAUGGUGAUUUCGUUAGCUGAUUAUAUCUAUUCAACUGCUGAUGAUUGGCAAAAAUUCAAAGUGCUUUUAUCUGCCUAUCUAAAGCCGGUAGAUAUUGGACAGGAUAACCUCUACCAUUACGUACAAAAACUCAUAGAUAUGAAAAACAUUGACUACGGCCGAUAUGACAAAUUUUAUGAAGUUGUUAACAAAACACAUCCACGGAUCUCUCGCAUUAUUGUAAAGGCGGAAUCAGAUAUUGAAAUAAUGAAGAAUGGAAGACGGCCAAAUGAAACGGAUUACAAAGUCAAAAUCAAGAGUGACGGUGAUUUCAACUCAAAACUACCAGAACAGUGUUCUGCUCAAAUCACAAAGCAGUUACCGGAAGUAAAACAUAGAAUAAACGCAACUGGUGAAUCAGGUAAUAUAAGCAUCAUGAUUCUUGAAAACAAAUUGACAUAUGUAACAUGCUCUUAUCGUAUCCAUUGAAUACAAAAAAAAAAUCAUAGUAUGUACGAUGUCAUAGUUAACACAGUAUACAUGUUUUAAAAAAGAGUCUU